AUGAGGGUAACCAGCCAACUUCUGGUACACCUCCUACUGCAGCUGCUCUUGAUCACUCUCUUCCUCCUUUCAGUCCAAACCCCCGCCGCCUCCGGUGUCCGUGAUAGGUUCAAGAAGGGCCAGAACCUCACCGACGGCGACACGCUCGUCUCGCCGGACGGCUCCUUCACCCUGGGGUUCUUCUCUCCCGGGGCGUCCGCCAAGAGGUACCUCGGCAUAUGGUUCUCCGUGUCCAACGACACCGUCUGCUGGGUCGCCAACCGCGACCAGCCUCUGCCCGACAAGUCCGGCAUGCUGGUGUUCGACGACCUGAGCAGCCUCGUCCUGGUCGACGGCUCUUGCCGGACGGUGUGGUCACCGAACUUCAUGGCCGCCUCCGCCGCGGUGGUUCAGCUUCUCGACUCCGGCAACCUGGUCGUGCACAAUGGCAGCAGCAGCGCCGCACUGUGGCAAUCGUUCGACCACCCAACGGACACCUUGCUGCCCGACAUGAAGCUGGGCAAGGACCUCUGGACCGGAGCGGAGUGGCAGCUCACGGCGUGGAGGUCCGCCGACGACCCGUCUCCGGGGGACUACCGCCGCACGCUGGAGACCAAGGGGCUACCGGACAUCGUCCUGUGGCAAGGAGACGUCAAGAGGUACCGCACGGGCCCGUGGAACGGGCUCUACUUCAACGGCGUCCCGGAGGUGACGGCGUACGCGGACAAGUACACGCUGCGGGCGACGACGAGCCCGUGGGAGGUAACCUACGGGUACACCGCCAAGCCCGGCGCGCCGCUGACCCGCGUCGUGGUGAACUACACCGGCGACGUGGAGCGGCUGAUGUGGGACGCGGGCACCCGGGCGUGGAAGCCCUUGUUCAAGGGGCCGAGGGACCAGUGCGACACCUACGCGCGGUGCGGGGCGUUCGGCCUCUGCGACCCCGAGGCGGCGUCGUCGGGGUUCUGCGGCUGCGUCGUGGGGUUCAGCCGCCCCGCCGCCGGGAUCCCGUCGCUGUCGGAUCAGGAGGUGAAGGACACCGCGGCGGGCGGGUGCCGACGAGACGCGGACCUGGACUGUGCCGGCGGGGCGACGACGGACGGCUUCGCGGUGGUGCGGCGCGUGAAGCUUCCUGACACGCAGAACGCGUCGGUGGACAUGAACGUCACGCUAGAGGGGUGCAGGGCGAGGUGCUUCGCCGACUGCUCGUGCCGGGCCUACGCCGCGGCCGAUAUCCGGGGAGGCGGCGACGGCACCGGCUGCGUCAUGUGGGCGGAUGCCAUCGUCGAUCUACGUCUCGUCGACAGGGGGCAAGAUCUCUACCUGAGGUUGUCAAAAUCAGAAUUCGAUGACCAGAAAGAGUUUCCUACUCUACUUGUUGUCGCACCUGUAGCUUCCGGUGUCAUUGUUCUUCUGGUCGUCUCUCUGAUUUGGUGGAGACGGAAACGCAGAAUCAUAGGUGCUAUCCCUCAAAAUCCUGCUAUGGCCGUUCCUUCAGUUAAUCUAAGCAUUAUAAAGGAUGUCACUGGAAACUUCUCUGAAAGUAACAUUAUAGGCCAGGGAGGAUUUAGUAUCAUUUACAAGGGGCUGCUGCCUGAAGGAAGAAUGAUCGCUGUCAAGAGGCUUAAACAGUCAGCACUAACCACGAAAGGCAAGAAGGAUUUCGGGAGAGAAGUGGAAGUGAUGGCCGGGCUCCGGCAUGGCAAUCUUGUUCGUCUCCUUGCUUACUGUAACGAAGGCAAGGAGAGAAUACUCAUCUAUGAACACAUGCAGAACAAGAGCCUGAACGUCUACAUAUUCGGUAUACCUAAACUGCGUGCUUUACUGAGCUGGACAAGAAGGUUGGAGUUACUGCAUGGCAUUGCGCAUGGUGUUGCGUACCUACAUGGAGGAUCGGGUGAGAGUGUAAUCCACCGGGACAUCAAGCCUGGGAACAUUCUCCUAGAUGAUGAGUGGAAGCCUAAAAUUGCCGACUUUGGCACCGCUAAGCUGUUUGUCGUCGACCAGGCGGGGCCUGAUCAAACAAUUGUAGUUUCACCGGGAUACGCAGCUCCAGAGUAUGCACGGAGAGGGGACAUGACGCUGAAAUGUGAUGUCUAUAGCUUCGGAGUUGUCCUCCUCGAGACGAUCAGCGGGGAAAGGAAUGGUGGCUUGCAUAGGCUCCUUUCUCAUGCAUGGGAACUGUGGGAGCAGAACAGGACUAUGGAGCUUCUUGACACCGCAGUGGUGCCACUCGCCAAAUCCGAGCCUGAGCUAUUGUCUGAGCUAAAACGAUGCAUCCAAAUUGGGCUCCUCUGCGUCCAGGAGACGCCCUGCGAAAGGCCAACCAUGUCCACAGUUGUCGCUAUGCUGACUAGCACGGCAUCGCAAAUCGAUCGGCCGAGAAGGCCGGUGCUGGAUAGCGGAGGAGUUGUACAACCUUCGAAUUCAUCACAUGGGCUUGAGACAGAUCUUUUGAGCCCCACUACUAUUGAUUUGACGUAAAUUCCUAUUGGGUGCAACUAGUUGUUGCUGCAGCCUCGCUUGUAGGCGAUUUAUUAAAGGCUCGGUUUGUGUUUGUAAAAUUAGGUUCAAAAGUGGUCCCUCAAAAAAAAAAUUGUUCAACAGUGAAAAAAAGGCGGGUGAAGCAAACACUAAAAUGGGGAGGAAAUUGGUUGGGCAAUCGUGAUUAUGAGAAUCCAGCGCAGUGUAAAACGUAGUCUAAAUUGCA